GCAACCGCACGGUUUAUCGAUCGCUCUACAAAACUUUUCUCUGUGUUGUGCGUGUAUUGUUUUUCAUGCUGUACCGGCUUCCGGUUUAAUUCGCUCUCAAAUAAGGAAACAAGGAAGCAACCAAAGCAACCUGUGCACGCACGAAACAGUGCAGACGGCGACCAACAAAGUGACGGAAUAGAGAGCACGCGGCCGACUGUGUUGCUGGUUGCCCGCGCACUCGGUUGCACGCAGUACGAAUGGAUUCCGAUCCGGAGGUUGUACUAGUGGAAAAAAUUGAAGAAGACGAAAUUUCUGCCGACAAGGACAGCGGCAUGGAAUCGGCCACCGGCAGCAAGGAUGAAACUCCGGAGCGUAAACCAUCCACCCCUGAAGAGGCACCUAAGCAACCCGAGCCAGUGAAACCAGCCGCAGUCCCGGAAGCAGCACCGCCAGCUGCGCCAGUGUCACCGGCAGCUCCGACUUCCGCGGCACCACCCCAGGCCGCCGCAGGACCCUCCUCGUCGGCGGCCUCUCGGCCAUCCACAUCUGCAUCGGUUCCGCAGUCGAGCAAAACGGUUGCCAGAGCAACAGAAGAUAACUUAGAUGACGAACCGGAUGAGACGCUUGGAGAGCGGCUCUGGGGGUUGACGGAAAUGUUCCCGGACCCGGUGCGCAAACUGACCGGUGGUGUGACGGACCUCACGGUGAAGGGCGUGAAGGCGCUCUACUCGCUUACCUGCAACGCUUCCUGGAUCUUCUUCACCAGCUCGAUGAUUCUGUUCGCGCCGGUCGUGUUCGAGGUGGAGCGCGCUCAAAUGGAAGAGAUGCAGCGAACGCAACGGCAGCAGGUCCUGCUCGGACCGGGCUCGGCAGUCGGCAGCGGGGGGCCCGGAGGCAUCCCGGCCCUACCGCCGAUGGCGGCCGCCCGAUAAGCGCUCAUCGAUGCAAAUGUGUCCCAGUGUAGAGUGCCGGUUAUUUUCCGAUUUAGUUCGUUGUUUUUUUUGUUUUUCUUAACCGCCUCCCUGCAUGACCGAUUUGUCGCCGCUCACAGCGUGGACAGGAUCCUGAGCGUGUGUUUUGCAGCGUAGUCUACUACGAUCCUUGAGGCGUGGAGUUUUUUCCCCGCGCUGUACCAAGUUAGCCACCAUUGCCAUCACUUGUCUUGGGCAUUUUUAUCGUUGGUUCAGAGUUGUCACUGCAUUUCGAUGGUGGGAAUAUCCAAACCCGCCUGCUUGGAUCGGAUAAAGGGAGGGCAAGGAAUUCCAAACACAUACAGGUAGCCACACAAACCUACUCAAUUUGUUGUAUUAAGUAAAAUCUGUGGACCCAGCGAAGGGCAGAGGACAAGACUAAUAAAAACAAAAUCCAUACACUUCUAGUGCGGUUU